AUGGAGCUUAAUGAUGGUCCAUUUAUGUAUGAUCGUAUAAUAUGGAUCCCUUUCUCAGGGCUUUACCCAGAACCCGAGACAAAAUUUAAACAGAUAAGAGAUAUGGAGUGUCGUGAUUCAGACGUAUUCUUGUGUUCCUUCCCAAAAUCUGACACACACUGGAACCACAAAAUACUGUCCAUGCUGCUCUCUGGUUCUACGCAAUACAAUCAAUAGAAUACAAUUGAAAAUAUGAUUGAGGCAGCUAGUACAUUAGACAAAAUCAAUAGUGCACCCUCUAGAAGGCUACUAGUAACACAUUUACCAUACAAAUAUCUCCCCGAACAGUUACGAAACGGAACUGGAAAGAUAGUAUACGUCCAAAGAAAUCCGAAGGAUCUUCAUGUGUCAAUGUAUAAUCAUUUAAAAGGAAAGAGAAUCAUAAAAGAGGGUACUACAUGGAAUGAGUUUAUUGACCAAAUAUUUACCGGUCAAUUGAAAAUGUUUGGUGGAUGGUUUCAGUUCAGUAAAGAUUGGGAAAAAGAAAUCAAUAUAAAGAAGAACAUAUUGCCAUUAUAUUAUGAAGAGAUGAAACAGGAGAUAACUGGAAACAUAUUGAAAACAGCUGAAUAUUUGAACCGCGUGCCAUGUAAAAACGAAUUUGCCUUGGAAGUUGGAGAUAGAUGCAGUUUUGAUAUCAAGCUUAAGAACAAUAAAUUAGAUUAUACAGCUUUAGUGGAUAAGAAUAGAAAGUCGACCCUAUUUCGAAAAGGUAUUUAA